GAGCGCGGAGCGGCGGCGGCUCGGAGGGGCGGCCAGACCGCGGCGGACGGGCCCGCGCCGGAGCCGCUCCCCGCCCAGGACCCGUGGGCGCUGCGCUAUGGGCAAGAGGAGCAAGCGGGCAGCCGACAGCUCGUCCUCGGGUGACGAGGAGGAGUAUGUGGUGGAGAAGGUGCUGGACCGGCGUGUGGUGAAGGGCCAGGCCGAGUAUCUGCUCAAGUGGAAGGGCUUCUCUGAGGAACACAACACUUGGGAGCCAGAGAAGAACCUGGAUUGCCCGGAGUUGAUCUCGGAGUUUAUGAGGAAAUACAAGAAGAUGAAGGAGGGUGAUGGGAACAAACCCAGGGAGAAGGCAGAGGGUGCCAAGAGGAAAGGAGGGCUGCCUGCUGGAGGGGAGGAUGUCAAGGCCAAGAAGAAGAGGGAGAGCAACGACAUCGCCCGCGGCUUCGAGCGGGGGCUGGAGCCCGAGAAGAUCAUCGGGGCCACCGACUCCUGUGGGGAUCUCAUGUUCCUGAUGAAGUGGAAGGACACAGAUGAGGCUGACCUGGUGCUGGCCAAGGAGGCGAAUCUCAAGUGUCCCCAGAUUGUCAUCGCGUUCUACGAGGAGCGGCUGACCUGGCACGCCUACCCCGAGGACACGGACAGCAAAGAGAGGGACACCCCCAGGAGCUAAGGAGCCCCCCCUUGCCCUGUACAUAGCCCCCCCCCACCCCAAAACCCCUUCCACCAUCAUUUUGUGUCUGUCCCUCACCCCCUCUUCCAUGUCCCUGUGUCACCUUGUCCCUCCCCACAGCCCCCCUGGGGACAGAGGAGGGGAUGCUCAUGCCUUGUCGGGGGGGAGGGGGCACAAAUUGCUUCCACCUCCCUUCCUCCUCCUCUUUGGGGGUGUCUGAAGUUUAAGGGGGGUUGUCACAAACUUUUCCCCCCCUUCUCCUCAUCUUUGGAGGUGCCUGAAGUUGGAGGGGGGGGUCACAAACUGCUUCCCCCCCUUCUCCUCCUCUUUGGGGGUGUCUGAAGUUUAGGGGAGGUGUCACAAACUGCUUCCCCCCCUUCUCCUCUUUAGAGGUGUCUGAAGUUGGAGGGGGGGGUCACAAACUGCUUCCCCCCUUCUCCUCCUCUUUGGGGGUGUCUGAAGUUGGGGGGGGUCACAAACUGCUUCCCCCCUUCUCCUCCUCUUUGGGGGUGUCUGAAGUUUAGGGGAGGUGUCACAAACUGCUUCCCCCCCUUCUCCUCCUCUUUGGGGGUGCCUGAAGUUGGGGAGGGGGUGGUCACAAACUGCUUCCCCCCUUCUCCUCCUCUUUGGGGGUGUCUGAAUUUGGAGGGAGUGUCACAAACUGCUUCCCCUCCCCCCCCACUUUGGGGAUGUCUGAAGAGGACAAAUUGUUUCUCCCCUCUCCUCAUUGGGGGUGUCCAAAUGUGCCCCCCCCCAACCUUGUUUCCCCCUCCUCCCCCCUCCAGCCUCCUCCCCCCACCCAAGAUAAGAGGGGGGGAGGCUUUUUUUUUGCUGUUUUUCUAAGAUUGGUGUUUUUACCACCCCCGGGGGUGUCCCCAUCCCACCCCCCCAUCCCCCCUCCCCCCGGUAU